AUGGUCCGCAUCAAACACCGCUACCUCCUCCUCGACAUCCUCUACCCGGACCCGACGACCUGGCCCCGCCCCAAGCCCGCCUCUGCAUCGUCCUCAUCGACCCCGCAACUCCAAAUCCACGCGCCCACCUCCGACGCCCUGACGCCGAGCCUGCUGGCCAAACUGGUCCGCGAACAGGUCGCCGAGUUAUUCGGCGAUUGGGGCGUCGGCCGGCUGGGCGGAGCGGGUGCCGGUGGUGUUAGUGUCAAAUACCUUUCCCCGGCUACAUCGACGGCGAUUAUCCGAUGUCCUCGCGCGUCGUUCCGGUUGGUGUGGAUGGCGUUGACGUGUUUGGAGGCGGUGCCGGAGAUUGAUAAAGCUGGAGGAGGACGGAAUUUGACGAGACGGUGUGUUGUGCGCGUUGUGCGGGUGUCUGGGACGAUGCGGAAGGCCGAGGAGGAGGCGAUUCGGCGGGCGAGGAGGGAGAUUUUGAAGGUGCGUGGGGGUGCUGCUGCUGAUGAUGAUGGUAUUUUGGAGGGGUUGGUGGGCGGGUUUGCGGAGGGGGUUUCGGGGGGCAACGGUGUUGGUGUUGAGGUGGAUGAUGUUAUGGAUGAGGAUUUGAGUGAUGAUGGGAUGUGAGGGUGUGCUUUUGGGAAUGGUGGGCUGUACUGGACUUUGGCUUGCGGUUUUGAUAUAUUAGAG